AUGGACAAUUGCUACGACCCAGGUCUGGAUGGCAUCAUUGAAUAUGAUGAUUUUAAAUUCAACCCGUCCAUUGUGGAGCCCAAGGAGCCAGCCCCAGAGACAGCUGAUGGUCCCUACCUGGUGAUCGUGGAACAGCCUAAGCAGCGAGGCUUCCGAUUUCGAUAUGGCUGUGAAGGCCCUUCUCAUGGAGGACUGCCAGGUGCCUCUAGCGAGAAGGGCCGGAAGACUUAUCCCACUGUCAAGAUCUGUAACUACGAGGGACCUGCCAAGAUUGAGGUGGACCUGGUAACACACAGUGACCCACCUCGUGCUCACGCCCACAGUCUGGUGGGCAAACAGUGCUCGGAGCUGGGGGUCUGCGCAGUGUCUGUGGGGCCCAAGGACAUGACUGCCCAAUUUAACAACCUGGGUGUCCUGCAUGUGACCAAAAAGAACAUGAUGGAGAUUAUGAUACAAAAACUUCAGAGGCAGCGUCUUCGCUCCAGGCCCCAGGGCCUUACGGAGGCUGAGCGUCGAGAGCUGGAGCAGGAGGCCAAGGAACUGAAGAAGGUGAUGGAUCUGAGCAUUGUGCGACUGCGCUUUUCUGCCUUCCUUCGAGCCAGCGAUGGCUCCUUCUCUCUGCCCCUGAAGCCAGUUAUCUCCCAGCCCAUACAUGACAGCAAGUCUCCUGGAGCCUCAAACCUGAAGAUUUCUCGAAUGGACAAGACAGCUGGCUCUGUGCGGGGUGGAGAUGAGGUUUAUCUGCUCUGUGACAAGGUGCAGAAAGAUGACAUUGAGGUUCGGUUCUACGAGGAUGAUGAGAAUGGAUGGCAGGCCUUUGGGGACUUCUCUCCCACAGAUGUUCACAAACAGUAUGCCAUUGUGUUCCGGACACCUCCCUAUCACAAGAUGAAGAUUGAGCGUCCUGUAACCGUGUUCCUGCAACUGAAACGCAAGCGUGGGGGGGAUGUCUCUGAUUCCAAACAGUUCACCUAUUAUCCUCUGGUAGAAGACAAGGAGGAGGUGCAGCGGAAGAGGAGGAAAGCCUUGCCCACCUUCUCCCAGCCCUUUGGGGGUGGCUCCCACAUGGGUGGAGGCUCUGGGGGCUCGGCUGGGGGUUAUGGAGGAGCUGGAGGAGGAGGUGGCAGCCUCGGCUUUUUCCCCUCAUCCUUGGCCUACAGCCCCUACCAGUCGGGCGCGGCCCCAAUGGGCUGCUACCCGGGAGGCGGGGGCGGGGCGCAGAUGGCCGCCGAGACGCCUAGUGUGGAUGCUGGGGAGGAAGCCGCAGAGCCGAGCACGCCCCCCGGGACGCCCCAGCGCGAACAGCAAGCCCCGGAGCUGCUGCAUCGAGCCCGGGAGUACAACGCGCGCCUGUUCGGCCUGGCGCAGCGCAGCGCUCGAGCCUUGCUGGACUACGGCGUCACGGCGGACGCGCGCUCGCUGCUGGCGGGACAGCGCCACCUGCUGACGGCGCAGGAUGAGAACGGAGACACGCCGCUGCACUUGGCCAUCAUCCACGGGCAGACCAGCGUCAUUGAGCAGAUAGCCCACGUCAUCUACCAUGCCCCGCACCUCGGCGUGGUUAAUAUCACCAAUCACUUGCACCAGACGCCCCUGCACCUGGCAGUGAUCACGGGGCAGACAAAGGUGGUGAGCUUCCUGCUGCAGGUGGGCGCAGACCCAGCACUGCUGGACCGGCACGGAGACUCAGCAGUGCACCUGGCACUCCGGGCAGGUGCCAGCGCCCCCGACCUGCUGUGCGCCCUGCUGCGAAGUGGGGUUCCUGCCAUGCCCCAACUGCUGCAUGUGCCCGACUUCCAAGGGCUAUACCCAGUCCACCUGGCAGUCCGUGCCCGAAGCCCCGAGUGCCUCGAUCUGCUGGUGGAGAGUGGGGCUGAAGUGGAGGCUGCAGAGCGGCAGGGGGGACGGACAGCCCUGCAUCUAGCCACAGAGAUGGAGGAGCUGGGGUUGGUCACCCAUCUCGUCACCAAGCUCCGGGCCAACGUGAAUGCCCGCACCUUUGCGGGAAACACACCCCUGCACCUGGCAGCUGGACUGGGAUCCCCAACGCUCACCCGCCUCCUUCUGAAGGCUGGUGCUGACAUCCAUGCAGAGAACGAGGAGCCCCUGUGCCCACUGCCUUCGCCUCCCACCUCUGGUAGUGACUCAGAUUCCGAGAGCCCUGAGAGGGACACCCGAGGCAGCUUCCGGGGCCACACACCUCUUGACCUCACUCACAGCAGCAAGGUGAAGACCUUGCUGCUAAACGCUGCUCAGGACACCAUGGCGCCACCGCUGACCCCGCCCAGCCCUGCAGGGCCAGAGAUGCCCCUUGAAGAUACAGUCCUACAGAACCUGGAGCAUCUGCUUGACGGGCCAGGAGCCCAGGGCAGCUGGGCGGAGCUGGCAGAACGGCUGGGGCUGCGCAGUCUGGUGGACACGUAUCGAAGGACAGCCUCGCCCAGUGGCAGCCUCCUGCGCAGUUACCAGUUGGCUGGUGGCGACUUGGCGGGCCUGCUGAAUGCCCUGUCUGACAUGGGCCUGGAGGAGGGGGUGAGGCUGCUGAAGGGUCCAGAGACCCAGGAAAAGCUGCCCAGCACAGCAGAGGUGAAGGAGGACAGUGCCUAUGGGAGCCAGUCGGUGGAACAGGAAGCAGAGAAGCUGGGCCCACCCCCUGAGCCACCAGGAGGGCUCUGCCAUGGGCACCCCCAGCCUCAGGUGCACUGA